AAAGUGAAAACGAAAUUUUCUGAAACAUACUACAUUAUCCUUUCACUUCUUUUAAAUACAUUCACCCGCAUCAUCAAAUAAGAAUAGAGUUACCUGAUUACGAUCGCUCUACAAUCUGCGAAGUUUCAAAUCUCUGUCAAGUAUUAUAGUCAUAAGCAUGUCGCUAAUUCCAAGUUUGUUCGGUGGGCGAAGGAGCAACGUCUACGAUCCAUUUUCUCUGGAUGUGUGGGAUCCCUUCAAGGAUUUUUCUUUCCCUGAAUCUGGUCGAGAAAAUUCUGCAUUUGUGAGCACUCGUGUGGACUGGAAGGAGACCCCAGAGGCACACGUGUUCAGGGCUGACAUUCCAGGACUGAAGAAGGAGGAGGUGAAGGUGGAGAUCGAAGAUGAUAAUGUUCUUCAGAUUAGCGGAGAGAGGAAUGUUGAGAAGGAAGAUAAGAACGACAGGUGGCAUCGUGUGGAGCGUAGCAGUGGAAAGUUCUUGAGGAGGUUCAGAUUGCCUGAGAAUGCGAAAGUGGAUAAAGUGAAGGCUUCUAUGGAGAAUGGUGUUCUCACUGUCACUGUUCCAAAGGAAGAGGUUAAGAAGGCAGAAGUGAAGGCCAUUGAAAUUUCUGGUUAAGCUUAUAAUUGGUUACUUUGCUGAAAGUCGAGAGUUAUGUGUUGUAAGGAUUUGUGUGUGAUGUUGUAAAAUACAUGUUGUGGUUGUUGAGAAAUAAAAUUUCAUUUCGCUAA